UAAUUAUAAUUUAAUCAAUUCUAGAAAAAAUAAAUCAACUAUUCCAAUUUUCAAGAAUGUUAUAAUUAUUAUCCAAGUCAACUCCAAAUUAAUGGCUAAAACAAUUUAUUGCCCCCUCCUCUGGACAUGCUUUUGGGCCACACCCCCCAUUUAUACUAUAUGGGAUUUAUUUUUGCAAGUUGUAUAUAUAUAAUUUUUUACUUUUUUUCUUUUUUUUUUUGUUAUUUUGUAAUGCAAUCAUCCUCUAUAUAAAGCCUACUAAAUUGUAACUUUAUAUUCAUCUUCAACAUCCCAUAAUCUUUAAUCAAUAAGUAUCUGCUUAAUUAGCUUUUCCAACUCUCUCUAUAUUGUUUGGAAAGUAGUGUUCUUGAAAUUAAUUAAUUAAUUAAUCCGGAGACUCAAAAAACCGAUCGAUAUAGCAAGAAUGGCGAUUAAUCGUUUCCUUUUCGCUUCGGUCUUUGUUUGUUGUUUGGUGGCCACUUGCGACGGCAUCGUUUCAUUCAAUUCUCUGAAGCCGACUCUAACCGUCACCGCCACUCACAAAGGAGGAGUACUGAAAGCUGGGGUGGACAACGUCACGGUGACGUGGAUGCUGGACCCGAGCGUGCCAGCUGGCACCGACUCUUCAUACAAGACGAUAAAGGUGAAGCUCUGCUACGCGCCGGUCAGCCAAGUGGACCGCGGCUGGAGGAAGACAAAGGACGAUCUAUCAAAGGACAAAACAUGCUCCCACAAGAUCGUCGCCAAACCCUACGUCGCCGGCGGCGCCGUCGCCACCGCCACCUGGACGGUUCAGAGGGACGUCCCAACCGCAAAGUACUUCGUCAGGGCAUACGCACACGACGCUGCUGACAUGGAAGUGGCGUACGGACAGACAACGAGCGCCGACAAGAAGACGAACCUGUUCGACAUCGAGGCCGUCACGGGACGACACGUGUCGCUCGACAUAGCGUCGGUUUGCUUCUCUGCUUUCUCGGUUGUUUCUCUUUUCGGAUUCUUCUUCUUGGAGAGGAGGAAGACCAAGAUUGCUGAAGCUAAGUGAUGAUCAAUGAUCCAGGGUUUAAUUUUCUCUCUCGUUUUAUUUUAUUUUUAAUUUUGUGUGUACUUAUAAGCAAAAGUGUUAUUGUUCAUGUGUGUUUGUUUACAUCUUUAAUUAUGUUAAUUUUGUUUAAAUUUUGUAAUCCGUGGUGAUAGGAAAUUUUGGCAAC